UGAAAAUAGCUCACCGGGUGAAUACUUUCGGUUUUUGUUCUUUAAAGCUGCAUAAACACGCAGUUCUUUUCAAACCUGAACCUGACUCGUUCAUGAUUUUAACCAUGUUUUCAAAUCUUCUGCUGCUGUUCUGCUUUAUCUGUCACAGUGGAACCCCUCGUGCAGGGACUAAACUUCUCCAUGUGACAGGAAAAAAGGGAGACAGCGUCAUCCUGCCGUGUGAAUUUGGGGCCAGACAGAUUUCUCAUUUUUAUUUAAGCAGUUGGUCAAAAACGAUCUAUGGUUGUGAGAAUGAAGAAUGUGAAAGUGAAAAUGGACGAGUAUUUAAACAAGGAAACUGUGAUGUUGUCAUCAAGGAUCUGAGUUUCAGUGACGCAGGGAAAUAUGUUUUGAGAAUCUAUUACAAUAAUGCACAGUCAAUGCUGGAGCGAUUAACCCUGGAGUACUAUCUUCAUAUUCAGGAUGAGAUUUCUGUGAAGAUGGGUGAGGAGCUGAAGUUGGAUGUUCUGUUGACCGAUACUGAAAAAGUUGUGCAUCAGAACAAAAUGAGCUCAGAGUGGACGGUGGUCUGGGAGAGAAGAGCUGGGGUCAGGAGCGAUCGACUGACUGUCAGAGAUGGAAACCUGACCAUUAAUGAGUUAACAGUCACUGAUGAAGGAAUAUACCAAGUUCUGGACUUUGAUGAUGAAAUCUUGAUCACAGUGACAGUCACAGGAUCUGGUACAGACUCAAAGGAAAACCACACAGAUGAUAAAACUGAUGACACUAAACAAGUUUCUGCACUUGAUUGGAUGAUUCCUAAUGGAAUGGGUUUUUCUCUGGUUGUGCUUUGUCUGACUCUGAUUUUAAUUAUGACCAGGAAUCACAGAAUAUUUCGCUAUAUUUAUUUUACAUUUGGUUAUGAUUACAGAUAAGAUAUAAUAUAUUGCAACACACAUUAUUGAUAAUUAAAAUUUUAUAAUGCACUAUGUAUAAAAAAGGCUUUAAAGGGAUACUGCACCACAAAUGAAAAUGUUAUCAUUCACUUACCCCCAGGUUUCUAUAAUAACCCCCUUAUUAUAGAGUUAUGCUAUAAUAACCUCUAUAAAUACAACUAAUUAUAUACACUAACACUUGAAAAGAGACAGAAGUUUUUGGAGGGAUGCUCAUUUUUAAAUCAUGCCCUAUUUCAUCAAAUUUAGCUACGGGCCUGCUUGUGACUGUCCCAUAGACUGACAAGUAAAUAACAGUAUCAAGGUCCGGAAAAGUAUGAAAGAAAUGAUCAGAAUUGGCCUAAUAGGGUGGAGUAUCCCUUUAAACAAAGUGUAGCUGAUUAUUUAUUUUAAUUUAAUUUCUUUAGACCAUUAAACUGUGAAUAUCUGUGAAUGUUUUUAUUUGAGAAUCAAAUUUUAUUUGUGAACAAUUUAUUUUUGUCAAGCUCCUAACAUAUAUUUGUGGAUCUCAUUCUAUUUGUUUGUGAAUGUAAAAUGUUUACAUUUUAUUUGGAAUUAAGUAAUUCUAACUCCAUACUAGUCACUGGUUACCAUUUUUUCCGGACUAUAAGUCGCACUUUUUUUCACAGUUUGGCUGGUCCUGCGACUUAUAGUCAGGUGCGACUUAUUUAUCAAAAUUAAUUUGACAU